AUGGAAAUAGCAGAAAAUUAUUUUAUUUUGAUAGAUACUUUAGAAAGGUUUGAAAAUGAUGAGUGUUACAUUGAAAAAGGAUAUCAAAUAUUGAAUAGUUUAACUUUUGCCAAAGAUCCAGCAAAUAUUAAGCUCUAUUUAAAGAAAAGACUCAGAUAA